CCAUAAACCCCGACAAAAUGAUGCUCCGGAGUUCGCCAGCCUGGCUUCCUGCCGGCUGGACUUUACAGUCCAGAGUGCAAAAGACUGGUCGGAAAAUCACGCAUGUGGGGAAUGAGGGCUUAGUGGGAGAAAGGAGGGAAGGUUGGUUUGUGGAAUUAAAAACCCAUAAAAGUGGUGCAAGUUCUGGAAGACAGUUCAAGGUUGUGAUUGAGAAGUAUCCAGCAGAUGAUUUACCACCAGGGUGGAUUAAGGAACUCAAAAUUAGAAGGGACACACGUGAAAAGAGGAAAGAUCCUGUAUGGAAUUUCUUGUUUCAACUCAUGUUUGGUUCUAUUACACCUCUGCUCUUCCCUUUCCACUUUUAAAUACAGAUUCAUUAUCAUAAUCUAUACCUAUAUGCAUGUGUAUACUCACGCAGACCACAUAUCAAACAUGUGUAUGUGUGUCUGUGCAUACACAUAUUGCUGCAAGCUUUACAUUGAUAUAUAUUCCAUGUCUGUUUAUUUUUCUGAUCUAUUAGAAAUAUGUAUGCUUGCAUGAAAAGUUUAGAGAUAUUUUGUUGGCUUAGGGGAUAAUAUUUUACCUUGGAGUAGAUUCAAGUAAAACUACGCUUAUUUA